AUGGUCUUUGCGCGCCGUGCCGUCUUCCGCGCUGCCUCAGCAGCCCAGUCCGUGCGGGCCUUGCCAGCUGCUCGCCAAUCUACUCAAUUGCUCGGCCGUCGGUUCUACUCCAGUGGCAAGGGCUACGAGGACCACAGUACCAGCGAUUUGCCAUGGCUGUUGGGCUCGAUUGGUCUGGGCGGCCCAGUCAUCUUCUACCUCGCUCAGAGUGGUCCCUCGAAGACGUCUCAUCAUGAUGCUCACGAAGCUGACCAUGACGAAGAACAUGCGAAGGAGAGUCCCAAGGUAGAGGGGCAGGAGGCUGCUCCGGAGUCGUCUGAGCAGGAACCCAAGGAAGAAGACAAGGCGACACUAGGUACUGAGGAGAAGCAGGAGACGGAAGAAGCGAAGGAGCCUCGGCAGGAGAAGCCCAAUGACGAGCCCAAGCAGGACGAGCCUAAGCAGGAGGCCAAGCAGGAGGAGCCGAAAAAAGAUGAGCCCAAGCAAGAGGAGCAACCUAAACAGGAGUCCAAGCAGGAAUCAUCCUCAGAAAGCUCCAACUAA